AUGUUUCAAGCACUCAACCUCGAGCAACAUAUCAUCGCUAUCAUAUCGUCGUACAUCAAUCUGUAUACCUACAGCAUGAUAGCGCCACUGCAGCUGUGUUGCCUCUUGGAGAGGCUUGUGGCCACAUGCUGUUUCAAAUUCUAUGAGAAAAACAGAAUGUGGCAUUUAUUGCUGCUAUCGGUGCCACUUUGUACUUUAUUUACCAUAUUGAACAGCUCCUUGAAAUUAGAUUUCGCCGGGUCAGGAGCAUUUGUGGUCUUAUCAUAUUACACAGCACAAACCUUGGUACUGCUACUUCUUCUCUACGUGAAUAGGAGCAUGACUAAAAAAUACACUGGACUUGGUGUACGUCUAUGUAUGAGGUAUCAGCUUGCAGAAAAUAUUCGUGCGAUCAGGGUCUUCCUACCAAUGAUCGUAUUUGACACGUUGAUAUCGCUUCUAUGCGCAACAGCAGACUACUUGCAAUUCAAUUUCGUUUUUCAACCGAAGUUAUGCCAGCAGGAUCCCUACUAUUUACCAGUUUAUAUCUCAGUUGUCUUGACAUCGUCGCUGCUAGAACUCUGUGAAGCAGUCGUCAUCUUUAUCAGAAGCCCAACAGUCAGAUUCACCCGUGUACGAAACAAAAUAGCAGGUGGGAAAUAUACGCCUAGCGUUGUAAACGUUUUCGGAUCGGACUUGAUUUUCGAGCAGACGUAUCGCAAUCACUUCGAUGAUCUGAGCAAGAUAUGGGACAAACCAAGAAGCCGUAAUUCCUAG